AUGGAGAAGUACGAGGUGGUGAGGGAGCUAGGAUCUGGAAAUUUUGGAGUGGCAAGAUUAAUGCGGAACAAGGAAACCAAGGAGAUGGUUGCCAUGAAAUACCUCGAGAGGGGAUACAAGGUUUGCCUGAUCUUCCCUCGAAUAGAUAUGACUGAACGUUAAAACUUCGCCAAAUCGUUUCUCAUUUGAGUCGCCAGACUCAUAACCUCUUUCACGCUUCCUCUGCAGAUUGACGAGAAGGUGGCUAGGGAAAUCAUCAACCACAGGUCUCUGCGGCAUCCCAACAUCAUCCGGUUUAAGGAGGUAUGGACGUUACUAGAGACCUGGGGAAUUAUCUCCUUAUUGCGAUAAUUGCGAUAAUCUCUUUGUCGCUGCUUCCUGCUUCUCGUCCAGGUCGUCCUUACCCCCACACAUUUGGGCAUAGUGAUGGAGUACGCGGCCGGCGGGGAGCUCUUCGAGCGCAUCUGCACUGCGGGGCGUUUCAGCGAGGACGAGGUGCCUACCCUAUCCCGUUCGUUUUAAUUCUUCAAUUUUCCCGGAUUAAGGUUCCGAUUCCAGAAGGUAAAUGCUUCGUUUUCAUGAAAUCUCCAGGCAAGAUAUUUCUUCCAGCAGCUCAUCUGCGGAGUCAGCUACUGUCACCACUUGGUAGGUGACAAGGAAACCAGAGAACGAUUCUCCUCGGUUCUUUCUACAUGCUCUACCCUCUUUUCCGUCUUUCCCUCCCUUUCAGCAAAUCUGCCACCGGGACCUGAAACUGGAGAACACGCUACUCGAUGGAAGCCCGGCUCCCCGCCUCAAGAUCUGUGACUUCGGCUACUCCAAGGUCCAGGAGUAAACGAUAUGCUUCAUUUCUCUUCGACCAUUUUGCUCAUCCUUCUCCUCUAAUGCCAUCGACAGUCAUCUCUGCUACACUCGCGGCCUAAGUCGACAGUUGGGACCCCCGCCUAUAUCGCGCCGGAGGUUCUUUCCCGCCGGGAGUACGAUGGGAAGGUCGUAAUCCUUUCAUUCUCCCCCUACCUUAUCUGCAUUUCCUUUUACAUUACAGCAAUCGUUUCUCGGAAUCCAUGGAACGUCUUGGUGGUGGUGGUGGUGGUAGUUGAUGGACGGAUUGGGGCAGCGUGAGGGGUGACCUGGUGUCGGCCUUCUGUGGAGUCUUAUGCAUCGGCAGCAUCCUACAGAUGCCGUCCUCCUAGUUGUCCCUUUCAGUGGUCUAAAGGCGAGGUAGUCUUCUCACGGCUUGUGUGGUAGAGGUCAUCUCGACUCCUGGAAGGGACGAGGGGGACUAGCUUUACUCUUUUUGGAGGGUUCCUGCAAUUUUUGCCCGGCAGAUUCUCCAGAGAGUUCUCCUUCAAUAACCCGUUGACCUUGUUGGCACAAUGGGAAAUUGGCAACUACAUCUUGGACUGGUGGGUUCCUUAUCCUUAUCUUAUCUCUCUGUAGCCUGGCUGGCGCCAUAAGCUUGAGCGGAUGAGUGCAGGAAUUGGAGAGAAAUCUGGGGAUUUAAAGCGGGUAGCUGGGGAUGAAUUGGCUUCCUGGAAAAAAAAUAUAUAUAUGACCAGCCGAGUUUGUCUGGUGGGUGUUAACGAGCUAGUUUAUCUCAUCCUUCCCCAGCCCACAGCCGUUAUUGGGCUUUGACUUGGACCCGUACAUUAGUCAAAGCCCAGGAGCACACCCACUGUCCCCCUAGAUUCUAUCCUUCUGGGCAGAUAUUUUCUAAUAAAAAAAGCCAGAUAAAGAUCUGGCAAAAACGUUGAGCAGGAAGGACAGAGAUUUUGAGUCUGUUUUAUUUUUGCAUCCAUCAAGUCCAGAUUUUCGAGAGAAAUCAAUGAAGAACAUGUUGAAUUUUUGGUCUAUGUCGCACGAUCUGAAUGCCCCCCCUCCCUUGCUAAUGUGGGCAAAUACUGAAGAUAGAUAGCUACUUCACCCUGGAUCUUCCUUCCAUUAAUCAAUUCUCCUUUGUUCUUUUGUUUCCCCUUCUUCUUUCUGGGUGGCUGGCUGUUGCGAUGGCUCCAUGAGAGAGCAGCUUGCAGAUGUGUGGUCGUGUGGGGUGACCCUCUACGUCAUGUUAGUCGGUGCCUACCCCUUUGAAGACCCAGCAGAUCCUAAGAACUUCAGGAAGACUAUCAACGUAUGCACCCGGGAUCCUCGUUCAUCUUCUUUCCUUUAAUGGCAAUAUCCUGCUUAUCUCACCUGAUGAUAAUAACCUCCUCGAUUCUGCAGAGAAUCAUGUCAGUCCAGUACCGGAUACCAGACUAUGUUCACAUCUCCAAAGACUGCCGGGAUCUGCUGCAGCGGAUCUUCGUGGCCAACCCUACCAAGGUAUGCAAACCGCCAUCCAGAAAGAUUUGAUGUUCAUGGGUUCGUUGCUUCAAUUCAUUUCCAUGCAACUCCCUCCCUCUUUCGAUAUCGAGCAUUUGAGCGCCCCCUAUCCUGCGACGUUGAGGGGUUGACUCUCUUUGGGAAGUCAACUCAUCAUCUCCAUCUUCCCUGAUAAUAAUUUCUGUGAAUGAUAUAUAAUAUGUUGCAGAGGAUAACGAUCAGAGAGAUAAGGACCCACCCCUGGUUCUUGAAGAACCUGCCGAGGGAGCUCACGGAGGCGGCGCAGGCGCUGUACUACCAGAGGAACAACAGCGGCGCCCCCGUCUACUCCCUUCAGAGCGUUGACGACAUCAUGAAGAUCGUUGCAGAGGCCAGGACGCCGGCCCCUGUGGCGAGGUCGAUCUCGGGCUUCAGCCUCGCCGCCGAGGACGACGAGGACGACGAGGAGGCUUCCGAGCAGAGACAACCACCCGGUGGCAAGAAAGAAGAAGAGGAAGAAGAAGAAGAAGAUGAUGAGUAUGAUAAGACGGUGAAGCAGGUCCACGCCAGCGGGGAGUUCCACCUCGUCUAG